AUGCCCACGGCUGGUAUGGGCGAGGCGUGGGCAGACGGAUGCAAAUCUGGAUCAUUCACAUUGAGUGGCAAACCGCAGUCCUUGGGAGACGAGGUGAGGACUGUAACAGGUCUUUUCAAUUCAUUAGUUUUCCCUCAGCCAUAG